UGAGGCUGGGCAGAGCAGAGUGUGUGCAUGUCUGAAGAUUGGAAACCCUUGUGCGGCCACCAUGCAACUUUGGAUUUCAUAGGGCCAGCUGUGCUUUUUCAAGAGAAGCUGGAAACCAGAUUUUUUUCUGUGAAAUCCUUUACUUUUCAGUUUUGGCAGCUAAAGGCAUUUUGUGAAGUGACAGUUUAUGGUUUAGAUUAGAGCUUUGCCUUGAGUUGUGGGCACCACAUUUUAUGGGAGACUUUGACAAACUCGAAAACAACCAGAAAAGAGACUGUUCUGCAAGCCCCACCAUGUGAGGAGCUCCAGUAGGACUGGAGAUGCUUUGCUUGGAGAAGAGAGAACCGAGGGCGGUGUGACUUCAAACCUCCUUUAGUGGCAGAGUUUUCCGAGUGACCUUUUUGAUGCUGGCUGUUUCCUUCACCGUUCCCCUGCUUGGAGCCAUGCUGCUGCUGGAUUCUCCCAUCGAUCCUCAACCUCUCAGCUUCAAAGAACCCCCUCUCUUGCUUGGUGUUCUGCAACCAAAUACGAAGUUACAACAGGCGGAAAGGCUAUUUGAAAAUCAACUUAUUGGGCCAGAGUCCAUAGCAAAUAUUGGGGAUGUGAUGUUUACUGGUACAGCAGAUGGCCGGAUCAUAAAACUUGAAAAUGGAGAAGUAGAGACCAUCGCCCGGUUUGGGCCGGGCCUGUGUGAAACCCAAGCUGACGAGACUACUUGUGGGAGACCCCUGGGCAUCCGGGUAGGGCCCAACGGGACCCUUUUUGUGGCUGACGCAUACAAGGGACUAUUUGAAGUAAAUCCCUGGAAACGUGAAGUGAAAUUGUUGCUCUCCUCCAACACACCCAUUGAGGGGCGGAAAAUGUCCUUUCUGAACGAUCUUACAAUAACUCGGGAUGGGCGGAAGAUUUAUUUUACGGAUUCCAGCAGCAAAUGGCAAAGACGAGAUUAUCUGCUUCUGCUUAUGGAGGGAACAGAUGAUGGGCGCCUGCUAGAGUAUGAUACUGAGACCAAGGAAGUAAAGGUUUUACUGGACCAGUUGUUGUUCCCUAACGGAGUGCAGCUAUCUCCUGCAGAGGACUUCAUCCUGGUGACAGAGAUGACCAUGGCAAGGAUAAGAAGAUUCUACGUGUCUGGCCUGAUGAAGGGAGGGUCUGACCUGUUCGUGGAGAACCUGCCUGGAUUCCCAGACAGCAUCCGGCCCAGCAGCUCUGGCGGGUAUUGGGUCAGCAUGCCAGCCAUUCGCGCCAACCCAGGGUUUUCGAUGUUGGAUUUCUUAUCCGAGAGACCUUACAUUAAAAGAAUGAUUUUUAAGCUGUUUAGUCAGGAGACGGUGAUGAAGCUUGUGCCACGGUAUACCCUCGUCCUAGAACUCAGCAACAGUGGCGCCUUCCUGAGAAGCCUGCAUGAUCCUGACGGGCAGGUGGCCCCCUACAUCAGCGAAGUACACGAGCACGACGGGCACCUAUACCUGGGCUCCUUCAGGAACCCCUUCCUCUGCAAACUCAGCCUUCAGUCAGUCUAGCUGCCCCCAUGGCAGCCCUGAUCGCGGCUGUGCCAGGAGUUGGCACACUGGGCACUACACCUGGUCCAGGAAGCACCAUGGGCACAGCCCUUUUCACCUGUAGCACUGGCCCUCAGAAGUGUGCUGUGACCCUGUGGAUGUAUGUGCCCCUGUAGGACAGCCCUCACCUGGGUUUGACUUUGCAUUUGGAGAGAAGCAUAACAUAUGCCAUUGCAAGAUAAGUUCAUGUAAAGCCAUUUUCUCUUAAAAAAUUCUAAGUACGGUAAUUCUCUAGAACUUAGGGGACAUGCACUUUCAGCAGGCCUCAGGGUUUGAUGGAUAGAACAGUAGAUGAGUUGUCCCCCUAGGGAUCUUGUUUAGCUACUGCCUCUGUCCUGCCAGCCUCAGUAUCUUUAUUAUAAAAUGGGGCAAUGCCUGUCUCAGGGGGAGGAACACAGGAAGGGCAAGUAUUGCUCAGUGUAAAAGUGCCCAUGCGAGCGCAGACCUUGGCACUGCGUUCUCCAGAGUGGUGUGGGACGUGGGCCCUUGAUCCCUGGGCUUUUCCUUCCAUUGCUUCCACACUCCAGCAUACUCUGGCUCAUAACAGGGUUUUUAAAAAAACUCAAGUCCCGUCAGUCAUAUAAAGGAAGAACCUGAGUAAGUGCACAGGAGAAGCAUGUUGAUUUCAACAGCUCUGAGAAGACUAGCUGGGUUUCUCUCUGAGCAACCUACCAUACGCAUUGAGUGACCCAGCAGCUGGGUGAAUUUGGGGCUGUUUAUACACCUUUGUUCCUUACUGCUAGAUCCACAGACAGGAAUAGUGCAUGUGUUAAUGUCAUAUUUGCUUGAGUGUCAGAAGCCUGAAAUUUGUUGUAUGUCUACACACUGGUCGUAAUUUUGUCAGGGAAACCCAUGUAACGAUGAUAAUUAAAUAAACUUUUAUGCUGAUUAGUCUUUUUUU